AUGACAAGCACAGGACUCCCAGAACCAUGGGUCAUCAAGUUCAGCAGGUCAAAGAAGAGAGAAUACUUCUUCAAUCCAGACACUAAAGAGUCCGUCUGGGAAGCACCAGCAGGCACAGAUGAGGUGCAAUUGAAGCAGUAUCUGGCAGAAAACCCUCUCAGAGUCAGGGCCCUGCAUCUCUUGAUCAAACACAAGGAUUCCAGAAGACCAGCGUCGCAUAGGAAUGAAAAUAUUACUAUUACUAAAGAAGAGGCUAGAAAGGAGCUAGAAAGCUAUAUCAAGAGGUUAAAGGAGGAUGGGGAACCGUUCGAGGCGUUGGCCAAAGAGAGAAGCGACUGCUCUUCUGCGAAGAGAGGCGGCGAUCUUGGGUUUUUUGGCCGUGGAGAGAUGCAGCCUUCGUUCGAAAAGGCAGCCUUCGCUUUGAAGGUGGGCGAGGUUAGCGACAUUGUAGAGUCCGAUAGCGGGCUUCACAUCAUCAAAAGGGUAGCUUAG